UGACGUAAAAGGGCUUUCUGAGGGAGGCUAUAAAUGCGCAUGUGGCGAACCGGUAACGGUGGGGGAAGGUUUUUGAGGUAGUGGUGUCUGUGAAGGCGGCAGGUAGCCUGAACAAAGAAACUCAGUGUUUAAUUGUUCUGCUGUUUUAGUUUACGACUUUAGAGUAUGUUUUUAAAGUGUUACACUUUAAAGCGUGUUUCUAUGGAAGACCAAGUCAACGAAAUUAUAGCAGAAAGCCAGUUCAGCGAGAGGGAUACGUUUAGAGAAGCCUGAUCCUAAAAAAUGUUUUCUUCCUGAACACGUGGAAGAAAAGGCUUUGGCAGAGAUCACCUAUUUCGUCUUCACUCUAGCUCUCGCAGCUUUUGUUAACUCAUCCUUGUUGGAAAGCGGGGGGAGGAAAAAAAAUGGUUGGAUUUGCACCAAGUAAUGUGCCACCUACGGCCACAGUCAAAUUUAUUGGGGCUGGAACUGCCGCCUGUGUUGCUGACCUGUUGACUUUCCCUCUGGACACUGCCAAGGUUCGGCUUCAGAUCCAGGGUGAGGCCCAAGCUGCUGCCAAUGCUGCAGUGCGCUACCGUGGUGUGUUUGGCACCAUUGCCACCAUGGUGCGGACAGAGGGCCCCCGCAGCCUCUACAACGGUCUCGUGGCAGGGCUGCAGAGGCAGAUGAGCUUUGCUUCUGUCCGCAUAGGGCUCUAUGACUCGGUCAAGCAGUUCUACACCAAAGGGUCUGAAUAUGUGGGGAUUGGUAGCCGUCUGCUGGCAGGCUGCACCACUGGAGCACUGGCAGUGGCAGUUGCCCAGCCCACGGAUGUGGUCAAAGUCCGAUUCCAGGCUCAAGCAACUGUUAUGGGCCCCGGCAGGCGUUACCACGGCACCAUGCAUGCCUACAAGACCAUAGCUAGGGAGGAGGGUGUUCGUGGAUUGUGGAAAGGUACAUCUCCAAACAUUGCCCGCAAUGCCAUUGUCAACUGCACUGAGUUGGUGACCUAUGACAUCAUCAAGGAUGCGCUGCUGAGAAUGACACCAAUGACUGAUGACUUGCCAUGCCAUUUCACAUCUGCAUUUGGAGCUGGCUUCUGCACCACUGUGAUCGCCUCCCCCGUGGAUGUAGUGAAGACGAGAUACAUGAACUCUGCCUGUGGCCAGUACAGCAGUGCCUUCAACUGUGCUGUUGCUAUGUUGAUCAAGGAGGGACCCUUUGCCUUCUACAAGGGGUUCAUGCCUUCAUUCCUGCGGCUGGGGUCCUGGAAUGUUGUGAUGUUUGUGACAUAUGAGCAGCUCAAACGGGCCAUGAUGGUGGCCUGUUACAGCAGAGCUGCUCCUUUGUAAACAUCACUUGUGUGGAUUCACAUUCCUGUGACUUGCUCCCUUUCAGUCUUUUAAUUCUUAAAUGUAGUAAUAGUUGACUUGGAUAAUUUUAGCAGACACUCGCAUACUUAUAUUGGUGUGAUACUUUUUAACAAUUCCCUUUAAAGGGAUAUGAGUACCAAAUGGUUUUAUCUACUAGCCUUUGACCCUGUUCACGCUUGCCAUUUUGGUCACUAAGCUGGUCUUUCCUUUUUACAUAUAUGAAAAUAAAGGGUUUUCCUUUUGAAA